AUGGAAAAAUUCAGUGCUUGGAGAGAUAAAGGUACGGGAAUCUCCCCAUUUAUGCCUCUGGACAUUGCCAAGUCACCUGUUAAGAAGUACGUGGUGGAUCCGAUCUUGUUACUUGUUAAACUUCCAGUUUUCUUCAUAUUAUACAUAGUGGCCGCCGUAGCACCUAAGCCAGCCAUCAAGGCGGUGUUCUCACUUCUAUUUGGGUUCAGCGACAUCGACGUACUGGUUGAGGGAAUUCGCCGCACGAGAACGGCGGAAAUCGACAGAAACAGACCAGGUAUCAAUCAAGUGGUCAUCUCCAAUUGGAUUUCUCCAUUGGAUGUGUUUUUGGUGUAUAUUUUGUCGAAUGUGGCGUCUUUGAAACAGGUAGCCGUGGUAUUACCCAGUAAUGGGGCAUUAUAUACCGUAAGUGCAUGGCUGACCAUCUCACUUUUCUUCGGAGAAGAGGUUGUCAAUGUUGGAGAGAAGAUUGUCGAUUUCUCCUCCUUGAAAGACAAGUUGGUGUUGUAUUUUGUGGAGGGAACAGCUUCCAAUAACCGUGCAGUUCUCCCCUUCGCUUCAACGUCGACCUCUUAUUUUGACAGCCCAGGCUUCACCUAUAAAGCCUUAGUGUUGAAAAUGUACCCCAACUCGCUCACGCUUCCCAUUCCAUAUUUAAGCAGAUGGCAGUAUCUCACACGUUUGCUCACUCAUCUGUCCAAGGGUUUGUUUAAGGUGAAGAUCGUGCCUAUGGAAACGAUCUCUGCCAACUCGCUUAGGCUGGUGUACGCAGACAAUGGACUCAGCACUGUUGAAUUGGGUUCUGACCAGAAGGAGAAGUUCCGUGAGUAUUAUAAGAGUUAUGCUCUCAGCAACUUCACCAAGUAA